AUGGAAGAUGCGAAUGUAUUGGAGCUGCAAAUAAAAACAUCGGUGUUAACUAAAUUACAAAAACUUAAUAUCAGUAAUACGACAACUGACGAAAAUAAACAACAACGGACUGAACCAAUUCAUUUAGAUUUACAAAAGGAAAAUGAUAAAAACGAAGCAAACGCCGUGCAGCCGGCGCAAAAACUCCUGGUGCAAGAUUACAUUUACGCAGCAGAAGUUCAAAGGCAAAAGGAAGUGGUCAAAAACGUUCAAUCUAGGUUAAAACAAUUCGAAGACUUCUCCAAAAAUCAAGAAGUGCAUCGAAAACAACAAUGGAUAAACAAACAACAGCAAUUCGUCAACGAUAUUCAACAAAAAGAACACGACAUAUUUCAAGCCCUUGAAGAAUACGAUAGAACCUCCUCAAACGAUCACGCUCAAUUGGCCUUGUACUACAAAAAAUUAGAAUUACGCAGACAGCAACACGAAAAGGAAUUAAAAAAGAGAGAAAAAGAAAAGCAAAUAUUAUUCGAUUGCAUCGAUAACGUAAAAAAAUUGCAAGCCUCAUACAGAAGUUCCUACGAACACAUUUUGUUGAACCUGAAGCGAUGCGUAAACUCGGACAUGCUAAAAUCUAAACUUUCUGAAGACUACAAACAACUCAACGUCAUUCAAGGAAACUUUGACAAAAUCAUCAGCAGAUGCUCGAGCGGUAAACUAACCGAGAACGAUGUCGCAAAAGCCGCUGAACUCGUAUCAGAAUUACAAAAUCUAGAAAAAAGAAUAAGCCAAAGCGUCGACGAAGUCAAUCAAACCGUUGAAAAAUCGCACGUCGAAGCGACCAAACCUAAAGUUCCUACAGCUACCGCUGCACCUCUACCUCCUGCUACACCGGCCAUUUCCCAAACCGAACAACCGGAACUAACAAACUUGACCAAAUUCGUGAGUUUAUCGAACAUAAAAAUGUACGUGAAACUGAUGGACUUCUACGAGAAAUUCACCACGAGCUUGAAGGCUUUAGAAACCGACAAAACCCACAAAAAAUUCAUCCUAGAUUGCAAGAAAGCCAUAAACAUCCCCGUGAAUUCACUCUCCGGCGUCAAUACAGAACACAUCCUAGAUAAAUACAACAAACUGUACAGACUUUUAAAAGGCCAGGACGUAAUAAUCAGCGACAACAGAGUAAACGCCUCGGCUCAUCCAUUGGGAGUCUCCUUUUGUAUGAAUUUAUUAGCCAAACAAUUCGUGUUACAAAGCGAUUUGAUCAUAUCGAGCAACCCCGGUUCGGCCUUUUGCUACGCUACUGUAAUCAUGUCGCUGUGGAACGAAUUCCCCUUAUUCGGGCAACUGGUACUAGCGUGUUUCUACAAAAACUGCCCGCAUUUAGUACCGUACCACAUUCCGAGGCAAGUAGACGAAACUGACGAGAUGUACUACACAAGACAAGGCUACCAAUACCCCAACGGACAAAUCGAGAAACAAGAUAAAUAUCUCAAAAGAAUGACGGGACUGAUGCGAUUGUACGCAGCUAUAAUGGUGGUGAAGCCGAAAAAAGGCCACAGGAACGUUUACAACAUCCAAUACGGUUGGAAAUGGUUGGCUUCUACUCUAAAGUUAGAGCCUCAAAUCGAUAUUACGGCUACGUUGAUCCACGCUUUCCUGGAAACGGCCGGAUUCGAGCUGGAAACGUGCUACGGGAGAAUGUUCCAGAAAUUGCUGAGGAUUGUUGCCGUAUCGUUCGGGCCGAAUUGCAAGACUCAAUGCACCGGUGGAGCUACUACGAGAUUGCAGUUACUAAUCGAUGAUUAUUCCAAGAAGAGAAAAUUCGAAUCGCCCGAAGGGUACUUGAGUUACAAUUAUUGGUAG